AUGGCGAAGAGAAAGCUAACAACAUCCGUCACCAAGAAAAAGAAGUCAAAACAAGAGCCGCACCCUCACGGCUUCGUCGAUCCGAACAAGGAGUAUAAGAUUAGGUCUAUCAUCGGCGAAACUACCAACCAGUACCAUAUCAGCUGGGAGGACGACGAGCAAACCGGCGAAAGUUUUGAAGAUACUUGGGAGCCCAAGAAGCACGCUAACAGGUUGGCCAUUGAAGACUGGGAGAACCAGAAGGCCCAGAAACGCCGUGAACAAGAAAGGGCCAAGUCUGCUGCUGCGAGGUCGCGUGCUGCUUCUGCUGCUCAGACUGCUACAAGUUCGCCGCCCCGACCACGAAAGGCCCGGUCGCGGAAAAUCAUAGAAAGCUCGCCUCCGCCACCAGAACCUGCAAGCCAGGCCGACGAUAAUCAGGUCCAGUCUACUGCAGAAGACCUUCCUGAGAUCGGUGAGAGCCAACAUACCGAACCGGGAGCCGAGCAAGUUGCGACUACUGCGGAUCUUGGCAGUCCUUUGUUUGAACCAGACGACAGCCCAGAAGCGCCCGUGUUACCUGAGCAAGUCUUUGUUGCAGUUCAGAACCCAGAGCCACCUUCCAGCUUCUACGAAGGCGCCUAUCAAGCGGUCGGCUCGUCACAGGUAAACGACCCACCUUCUUCACCGCCACGACGCUCGCCUGAGGCAUCUCAGUACGUCCCGGAUCCUGUAGACACCACAGGUACGACCGAAGGCACAACAGAGAUUAGUGUUGCGCCAACCACGCAAAGCGAGCUGCCUCAGUCUGCGCCUGCUAACAUAUCGGCGGCUUCUGUAAACGUUGUCCCGGACUCGCAGGCCUUCCACGCCUCUUCGAGCUACGUCCCUACCACAACCACUUCGAAAUCUUCCUCGGCUCCGCAGGCACAGAAAGUGGGUUCAUCUGGAGUGCCAGUACCAUCAGCACCUACCAUCAACUCUCAAGAGAACCCGGCUUCAGCUGAAGAGAGGCGGCCAGAAGCUGCUGGAGACGAGCCUCCGCCAUUAAUCAACGGCGGUGAAACCGGCCUUUCGGACCAGAGCGCCAGACGCCAGCAAACGUCUAGCGCUGUCUCGAAUCCGGCUCAACAUCCACGGAACGUUGACACCUCAGCCGGAGGAAGUAGCCCAGUUCGUCUGAUCACUGAUCGACCUGGAGCCCUUGCUAGUCGCAAGGAACAAGUGCCAUCCCAAAAUCAGAUCAACUCGCAGCAGAGUUCUGCCCCGAGCUCCGCAGUCCAAGCUGAGCCUCGCAGAUCGUCCGCUCAGGCUGCAGGGCGCACCUCGUUGCAUCGGCCGUCAGAGUCAGCUCAACCUUCGCAAGCUUCUCAUCCAGCUCAGCACGUGGGCCGUCAGCAGUACGUUGAUCUUCUCGACACCACACAAGAGCGCUCGACGUUGGAUAGUCCAUUCAGCGUAACGGCCCCGCCCCGAAGAGUACCGGACGAACAUCAGCUUGGUGACAGAAACGCUCCGGGCUCGAGCUCGUGGUUGGAAUCUCCGUUCAAGACUCAAGUAUCGUUGCAGCUGAGUGAAAGGGAGAUACCGGCAUUCCACACUGAUCCACAGUGGAGUCGGCCGAAUACGCAACCUCAGUAUGAGAGUGGAGAGCCACUCACACAGUACUCAACCAUCAAUUCUCUGCCUUUCAGUCUCCCGGUCGACAACUCAUUGUUGCUACAUAAAAGCCCCCUCCGCCAGCCACCUUCUCAAAGCAUCGAGACUGGUCAAUUUGGCGAUAGCGUACAACCUCCACCGUCCCUCCCAUCAACACCAGAACAUCGAUCGACGAUGGACAACCAAAGCACGCCCCAGAGUGGCAGAUCUCUGCAGGAGAAGAUCAAAGCCAUGCGCGAAGAGAAGUGGAAGAACGCCGUAAAGAAGAAACCUUCUGCUGCACCUGUACCUGCUGUUCAGGAAUCUGUUUCGAACCCGCAGGCAUCAGCGAGACCUACAAUCGCGCCAGCUUCUCCCAUUCCGGCACGAUUGGCAUCACCGAUGCUGCUCAAUGGCGAUGGACAUCGCUCCCCUUCAGCUGUACCAGCUUACGCUCCACUGGCCGUCAUUACUCAAGAGGACAUGAACACAUCCGAGCGGUACGGGACACUCUUACCGCAGGCUCAAGAGUCACCAAGCAAUGACCAACAGCGUCGUGGCUCGGUCAUAGCUGAGCGAACGCCAGCAAAGCAACGCGGCGAUGACAUUGAUCCCGAGAAGGCCACACUCUACACCAUCCCCAUCGGCAUGUUCGGACACCAGCGCGAUCAAUAUCCGCAGACUGUAUGGUUCCAUCGCCACUUGGUCGAGAAGUUCCUCGCCUCUUCCGAUCAAGACGAAGAGCUUAUGCAAGAGAUCAACCAUUUCGUACAGCGUGCCCGCAAUGUCGCAAUGCACCCGGAUCUCGAUAACGCCGAAACCUUGACGCAGCACGACACUGAGGCUUCGCAGCAGGCUGAGUGGGAUAUCAAGUGCAGUGCGAAGUUGAAGUUUUUGAAGGAGCUCAUUGAUCGGCUGAGGGAUCAGGAGCUUCAUGUUGUGAUUUUGUCGAGUCCGGGCAGGUUUGUGCAGAUGCUUGAAACUUUUCUAGCUGGCAUUGGCAUAGAUCCGCACCAUGCAGGUGCCGUCGACGAGGACACCCUAGGCUCCCAAGGCUUGCGAGUAACACUGCUCAGCACCGAUCAGGAGAUGCAAAAUCCUCCGCCUGCACAACUCGUCAUCGCCAUGGACAAUCACGCUCGGCACGACACGGCUACGAUCAGAGCACUCCGUAACCGCGAUGGCGCAUGGUGCCCCUUCAUCUCGCUUGUCGUGCCGUACACAGUAGAGCAUGUUGAGCGCUGCCUUUCGGCCGAUCUCUCUGAAAGAGCGUUGGCACGAGCCGUCGUGAACGGCGUCUACAAGCUAAGGACUGAAGCCGGCAAGCUGGAGGGAGGACAGCUCUCCGUCAAAGAUUCUGCCGCUGCUUUGGCAGAAUAUCUGACUACUACGGAGAAUGCGCCGGAGUGGCCACUAGUUGCUCUAGGCACCCUCGAAGACCUUGAUAGCCAGACCGAAAGCGAGAUCGAGCCGUGGACGGAGCAAGGCGUUGCUAACAACAACAAGCGUCCUAGACCUGAAGAUGGAUCUCAAGACAUGGAACCUGCCAACAGCAAGCGCGCCCGCUUCGGUGAUGUCGACAUCACACACGUCAGUGACUCGAUUGACAGAUCGACACAAUCGAAUGCUCUCGGCCAACCCGCCGAAAUCGCUCAACCGGCAGUGACGGACACGGAGAAGCGUCUCCAAGACCUUCUGAUGACGACACAAGGCCGCCUAGACGAGCACGAACAAGCGUUGUCCGACCUCCAAUACCGCCACGAAGACCAGCGUACUCAUCUUGUGGAAGUGACGAAAGAGCGAGACUCUGCCAUCGCUACAGCACAGAAAGCCGUCGAGCGCUUAAACGAGCAAGGCGCCAUACGCAUCAAAAACAAAGAACUGGAACAGCAACUUCGCGAAGCCAACGAGCGACUGCUCGAUCACUCGGUGCCCGAGCGAGCAGAAUACGAAGCCCUUCGACUUGCCGCAGCAGACGCCGUACUCGAGAAGCAGAAAGUAGAGAAGCGAUUGGAGCAAGCGGAGCGAGAUCUGGCGUAUGUUCGUGACCUCUACCAGAGCUCGUCGAAUAGUGCGCAACAACUCGCUUCUCAGAACAACGAGCUAGAAGAUGAGCUUGGCAUUGCAAAGACAAGGGCUUCUGGAGAGCAGGUGAAGCUACGACAGAUGGGCUACGACAGCUAUACAAAGAACCUGGAGAAGGAGAACAAGAAGCUCAAAGCCCUUCUCACGGAUCGGGAGGCAGGGAUGAAGUUUCGCGACGAAGAAAUCGCGAGGCUCAAGGAAGCGAGCAGAGGCAGGAUGGGCACGAGAGCGACGAGCGUGCCGCGGAGCCCGCGCUUAGGCAGCCCGAUGAAAACGAAUAGCAGGCAAGGGAGUCCUGCUGCUGGGGAGGUGAGAGGGAGGUCGUCGUUGCUUCAUCCAUUGCGUAAUGCUUAG